AUGAAGCGGAUUCUGGCGAAAGUGGCAUCCGCUCCCUGGCACCAUGUAGGGUCAGCGAAGCACCAUUCACGGUUCUUUUCGACAUCGAAACGCCAUCGACAGUUAAUGGACUUGACUGGAUUCACGGAAGAGCAGCUGAUGGUUCGUAAAGCGGUCUCGCAAAUCUGCUCUCAUUUCCCCUCGUCCUACUGGCAGGAAUGCGACCAGCAGGAGAAAGAUCCCAAGGAAUUCCAUGCAGCUCUUGCAAAGGACGGCUGGUUGGGUAUCGCCCUGCCCGAGGAGCUCGGCGGGUCGGGAUUAGAUAGAUAUUUCAGGCCCAAGCUGAGUCCUCAAGGAAUCUCCGAGGCUACAGUGAUGAUGCAGACUAUCACCCAAUCUGGCGCAGGCAUGGCAGGAGCACAGUCAAUUCACGCCAACAUCUACGCAACACAGCCACUGGCGAAAUUCGGGACGAAGGAGCAGGUAGAGAAAGUAAUACCCAACAUCAUCAAUGGCACCUGGCGGACAUGCUUUGGCGUUACGGAGCCCAACACAGGCCUCGACACGUUGAGACUCAAGACCAUGGCAACAAGAACCGACAAUGCAUACCUCGUGUCUGGCCAGAAAAUCUGGAUUACAUGUGCCCAGGCCGCUUCCCUAAUGAUCCUGCUCGCACGUACGACUCCCCUCGAGGAAGUUCAGAAACCGAAUGAUGGCUUGUCAAUGUUUGCUAUAAACCUGGACCGGGAAAACCCGGGUCUAGAACUCAAGAAGAUCAAGAAAAUGGGAGCUCGUGCAGUUGACGCUAAUGAGGUCUUCUUCGAUAACUACGAGAUCUUCGCGGAUACUUUGGUGGGUAAGGAGGGCGAUGGAUUCAGAAUAAUUCUUCAUGGUAUGAAUGCCGAGCGCUGUCUGCUAGCAGGAGAAGCUCUUGGUCUGGGAUAUGCUGCCCUAGACAAGGCCUCGCGAUACGCCAACGAGCGCAGUGUCUUUGGACGCCCUAUAGGCACAAACCAAGGAAUUGCACAUCCUCUGGCUGAUGUCUAUAUGAGACUUGAGGCGGCCAAACUUGCUACUUACCAUGCAGCACGCAUGUUCGAUGCUUCUAAGACUGACAGCUCAAUCUCAUUCAAAACCGUCGGAAUUGCUUGCAAUAGCGCCAAGUACCUAGCCGCAGAGGCCGCGUACUCAGCGUGUGAGCGAGCUGUUAUGACUCACGGCGGCAUGGGCUAUGCUGUUGAAUUCGACGUGGAGCGGUGGUUCAGGGAGUGCUUUAUUCCACGCAUUGCGCCGCCUCCCUCUCCCCCCGGUUGUUCCGUCAAUCCCGCUCACUCGAGUCUCUUAACUGAGAAGAUCACGAACGAGAUGGUCGACGCUGAGGAGCAAGUGCGAAGCCCCGCUGACUCGGCCGGCGGAGAUGACGCUGGACAUUCAGGCGCAGCCAAGGGCUCUGCAGUGAAGGACAAGGAAUGCCAAUACUGUCACCAAGCUUUCACAUCCUCCUCGCUUGGGCGGCAUCUCGACCAGUACCUCUUCAAGAAGAAGCCCGAUGGCAUCCACGAUGUCGAUGAGAUUCGUCGCAUCCGCAGUAGUAUUACCCGGCGACAGGCUCGCACCUCAAACAAGCACGAGAGCCCCGACGUAGGCGUUCGCAAAGGUCACAACGACUCACCGGAUGGCGGCGCUCAUGAUCCUGCCGCGCGCCUGCGCGACACGCCCCGGUUCCUCUUCAACACGCCAUCAUGGCAUGCAACCGGCGUAAUAAACGACCUGCCUGAGAGCACCACGCAGGAUGUAGUCAAUUCCUCGCGCACUCCCAUGCCUCAACCGCAGACAGUGGCUACUAGUUCGUUGGAUUAUACCCGAAAUUCAAAAGCCAAGGAUGCAGAUACCGUCAGAGCUUUGGAGCUGGCCCUGCAGGAAGUCUUGGACAACAUAAGAGCCGCAACAACAAUAAGCCGAGCCCGUCUGUCUCCCUUCGAUUUCGAUGUCCAAUCCGAGUCGUAUCCCGCCCUAGUUCUCAAGCUACUCCCCCCUCCUCCAGCGCUAUUUGCAACCCAUCCCUUUGCAACUCCCACAUCGUUUCCGAUGGAACCCCCUGGCGUGAGCCAAGUGGAAGUCGUCCGCCAUGCCCUUCGAGCGCACAUUGAACAAUGGCGCAACGGGCAGUUAGCGGCAGCCGACACAGGCAAUUCAGGUGGUCGCAGUAAGAAUAAUCAAGUGAAUGACCCGAGCGUAAUCAAUCGGACAGCUCAGCAACACGACGAGAUUAGCUCGCGGCACCUCGAUCUAGCCUACCAAAAUUGGAUGGUGUUACCCGCAGACGUCAAGAAAGACGCUUGGCAAUUGGAGCUUACUAGAGCCUUUGUGCGCGAAUCAGAAAAACGCAAGGACCUCGAAGGGCAACUUACCAGGGUGCAACAGGAAGCGAACCAGCUCCGGGCACAAGUUGAAAGACUGGGCUCGUGCCAAUGGCCGCGAGAGUUUGCGCUUUUCCCCCCAGAUAUGCUGCCUCUGUCACGUGAUGCAGCCCGCGAGCUAGACGCGCUGGAUAGCAGUACUGCUAACGCUGGGUCUUCGCGAUGGGAUUACGACAAUAUAGUUGCAAAAUGGAAGCGUGUUGUCAUGCACGACAAGAGUAUGGGACGAGUCGGCGUGGGCUCUUACAGAGGCGGCACCGAUGAGCCCGCUACAGAAUCUACCGCCACCCGCUCGAACAUGAACACUUCGAGUUCAGAAAUCAAUAAUGAAUUCUCGGCAUUUGGAUACGUAUCCCAAACCUCUGCUGCUGCUACUACUAGUGCUGGCGGCGGUGCCGCUGCUAUGCCCACUCAACAACAAACAUCGCCUUACGAUCUUUCGCACCAGCAGACCACAUACAGCACCCACCCGGCAAAACGGCAGCGUCUGAUGAACGGAUCGGGGAAAGACAUGGUCAGCUCUCAGGCUGAGACUGAGCACUAUGGAUCUGGUGGUCCUCAACAACUUGCCAACGGAAAUACCACUGCAUGGAGUCCGAACUCUGUACAAUCUCUCUUAACUUCAAGUAACCCGCCGUCCUCGUCGGUUCCGGCUCACACAAACGCUUACGACGUCGGCGUUACGGAUGACGACGGUACAGUCCUUUAUGAAGAAGCCUAUGGCGGUCUUUUAAAAACCAUUGUGCGACACAAUGAUCUGGCUAAGUUGACUCAAUACCUGCGGAAGCGCGUCAAUGCGAUCAAAGGCCAUGUUAAGGUAUACUAUUGGGAUCCAUUUUAUGUUGCUGCCGAGUCUGGUAGUACUGAAGCACUUGACCUGCUUUUUAAACAUUACAAUGAUCAUUUAACCGACACUGGGAGUAUACCAAUGAUACCACUUGAAAAACGACAACUCCACCUGCUUCACGUAGCCUGCCUCCAUGCUCGGAUCGAGACCGCACUGUAUCUUUUGGAUACUCAGCCAGGGCUAGCAAGCCUCCACGCCAGAAAUGGCGAUCGUCAAACGCCACUGAUCUCGACUGCAUCUUCCCUGACCCAUAUGCCGCACUACCAUGAGGAAGAUGAUGACCUUGAAUUGCGUUCCCACAAGGCUCGUGCCGAGGAGCUUCCGCUCGAGAUGUAG